CCUUUCAGCUGCUGGCCUUCAGAUACUGAAAUUGAACUAGACACAGCCAAGUGUGUGCCCUUUUAGGAACUCCAGCAGAGCCAGAGGCACACAGUGCCACAAGCAGCGAUGACAAAUUGAAGACUUCACUCAAAGGCGGCGGCUGGCAGCUCCGGCUCGGGUAGCGGCGGCGACGGCUUCCGGAGUCCCGCGGCGAAGAUGCUGAAAGUCACGGUGCCCUCCUGUUCUUCCUCGACCUGCUCCUCGGUCACUGCCAGUGCCCCGGGGCCUGGGAACCUCGUCCCUGAUUACUGGAUCGACGGCUCCAACCGGGAUGCUCUGAGCAAUUUCUUCGAUGUGGAGUCAGAGCUGGGACGGGGUGCUACAUCCAUUGUGUACAGAUGCAAACAGAAGGGGACCCAGAAGCCCUAUGCUCUCAAAGUGUUAAAGAAAACAGUGGACAAAAAGAUUGUAAGAACCGAGAUAGGAGUUCUUCUGCGCCUCUCACACCCGAACAUCAUAAAACUGAAGGAAAUAUUUGAAACUCCCACGGAGAUCAGUCUGGUCCUGGAGCUCGUCACAGGAGGUGAACUGUUUGACAGGAUUGUCGAAAAGGGAUAUUAUAGUGAGCGUGAUGCUGCAGAUGCAGUGAAGCAAAUCCUGGAGGCCGUGGCUUACCUGCAUGAAAAUGGAAUUGUCCAUCGUGACCUCAAACCAGAGAAUCUUCUCUAUGCGACUCCAGCCCCAGAUGCACCUCUCAAAAUUGCUGAUUUUGGACUUUCUAAAAUUGUGGAACACCAAGUGCUUAUGAAGACAGUGUGUGGAACCCCAGGGUACUGCGCCCCUGAGAUUCUCCGAGGCUGUGCCUAUGGACCUGAGGUGGACAUGUGGUCUGUAGGAAUAAUCACCUAUAUCUUACUUUGUGGAUUUGAACCAUUCUAUGAUGAAAGAGGUGACCAGUUCAUGUUCAGGAGAAUUCUGAAUUGUGAAUAUUACUUCAUCUCCCCCUGGUGGGAUGAAGUAUCUUUAAAUGCCAAGGACUUGGUCAGAAAACUAAUUGUUUUGGAUCCCAAGAAACGGCUGACUACGUUUCAAGCCCUCCAGCACCCGUGGGUCACAGGUAAAGCAGCCAACUUCGUACACAUGGACACUGCUCAGAAGAAGCUCCAGGAGUUCAAUGCUCGGCGCAAGCUUAAGGCAGCAGUAAAGGCUGUGGUGGCCUCUUCUCGGCUGGGGAGUGCCAGCAGCAGCCAUGGCAGCAUCCACGAGAGUCACAAGGCCAGCCCAGAUCCAUCUCCAACCCAAGAUGUCAAGGACAAUACAGCUGUUCUAGGAAAGAAAAUGCAAGAGGACCAAGUGGUAGCUGAGGGUGUAGAAGCUGAGAUAAGCAAGCUGGAGCCCAUGGAGAAAGAGAAAGAUGAAGGUGUAAAAGAUGAGGAGGCCUCCAGGAUGGUGCCUCAGGCACUGGAGGAUGGCUUGAAGACAGAUGACCUGGCCAUGAAGAGCUCAGAGGAGAAGCUGAAGACUGUAGAGGAAGAAAUGGACCCCAAAGCUGAGGAGGGAGCCCCUGCUGUGGGACUUGGGGUUCCACAGCAGGAUGCAAUUCUGCCAGAGUACUAAUUCUGCCAGAGUACUAAGUUGGCUUCCCUUAGGUUCAGAGAUCAGCCCCAGCAUUUUAUGUACUUUGUCCUUCAGCAAGGAAGGUGGGGGAGCAUGAUAUGCACUAUAGUGAUUCUGUUUUGAGGUGCAAAAAAAAAAACAUAUAUACCAGUUGGUAAUCCUAAUUUCAGUGCAUGUGUUUGCUUUAUGAAAUAAUGAUGUUUUCUACAGCAUGCAAUGGAUCACUGAUACUGAUGAAUUAAAUUUGAAAUUCCCAGCCAAAAACACAACACUUAAAAACAAACACUCUCA